AUGGGCCGGAAGACGACGAUCGCGUCGCCCUUCGCGUUGUACGCCGUGCGCCUCACCCUGGGCGCCAUCGUCGCCAUCAACGUCGCGCUCGUCGCCGCGCUGCUGUCGCUGGGCGCGCGCUACCCGGCGCUCGUGUCGCCGGGCCUGCUGGCGCUGGGCUUCGGGCUCCGCCACGGGGUGGACUGCGACCACAUCGCGGCCAUCGACAACGUCGCGCGGCGCCUCGCGGGCCUGGGCCGGCCCGCGGCGCUCGUCGGGCUCUGGUUCAGCCUGGGCCACAGCACCAUGGUCGUGGGGCUCUGCGGCGUCGUCGCCGGCGGCUCCGCGUACGUCCGCGACAACGUCGGCGCGUUGACGACGGCGGGCGCGACGGUCUCGGCGGCGUUCAGCGCGGUCAUGCUGUCGACGCUGGGCGUCGUGAACCUGGCGUCCAUCGGGCCCCAGUUCCGCGAGUGGCGCGCCGCGGCGCGCGGCGAGGCGGAGCCCCACGGUCACGGCUCCGGCGGCCACGUGCACGGGGGCUGCUUCGCGCGGUGCUGCAAGCCCGUGCUCGCGUCCGUCGACUCCCAGUGGAAGAUGUACGUCGUCGGCGUGCUGUUCGGGCUGGGCUUCGAGACGGCGUCGGAGGUCGGGCUGCUGGCUUUGGCGGCCGUGGGCCCGAAGGACGUGCCCGCGCCGGUCGUGAUGCUCCUGCCGGCGCUCUUCACGUCCGGCAUGGCGCUCGUCGACACCUGCGACGGGCUUUUGGUGCUGCUGACCUUCGCCAAGGCCGGCGACGGCGAGGACCGCGCGGGCGCGCUGCUCUUCGGCCUGCUCCUCACCGCCGCGUCCGCGUCCGUCAGCCUCGCGGUCGGCACGAUCGUCGGGCUCGGCCUCGCGGCGCCCGCGCUCCCGCCGGCGCUCCGCGGGCCCGUCGCCGCCGUCGGCGAAGGGCUCGACAAAAACACGACGCUCUGCGGCCUCCUCGUCGUCGGCCUUUUCGUCGUCGCGCUCGUCGUCGCCGUCGUCGCGCCGCGGCGACGACGGCGCGCGCCCGAAGCGGCGACCUACGCGUCGAUCGUGUAA